AAAUCAAUACACAAGUGACAUGACAAUACGAAUGACAAGUAACAUUGAUUGUUGUGAAAUUGUUGUUUUUGUUAAGACAUAUGUUUUUUAUUUACUUAAUUAAAGGUAACAAAAACAAUAGAUAAUAAUUUUAAAGAAAUAUUUUCGUACAGGUUCUAAAAAAUAAUUUAAUUGAUAAUGUGUGACAUUCUGCAAUCUGUAAGAGAGCAGAUAUCUAACAUAGAAAAUAAUACUACAGAAUGUGAAGAUAUUUACAAUGCAGCUGAUGCUUGCCUAGAAAAUAUGCCACUUGAGAUAAUAUUGAAAAUAUGCUCUUAUUUGGAUGCUGGCUUCAUUAUAAACACUCUUAGUAAGGUUUGUAGCAGAUUUGAUGAAAUUUUGGCUGAUGUUGGCCUUUGGAAGCACAGAGUAAGGAGUAAAGUCCAUGGAUACUUUCCACCGCUAUGUGAUAUAGAUGAAAGUUAUGAAGAUAGCGAUUGGAUUGAAAUGUGUAUUGAGAUGGAACAUGAGAGAGAGAAGUGGUGUAAUGUGGACAAAAGUACAAAACAUUUUGUUAUAAAGGAUGUUCAUUAUGCAUCUGUUGAUUCAGUGAUUUUAGUUAAUAAAGGCAAUAUAUGUAUAUCAGGAGGAAGAGACAGAUGUUUAGCUUUGUGGAAUGUAGGUGAUAUAAGGCCGGAGGUAAACAAUGAAGAGAGUCUCCUUAAAGACAUAAAGCCAACUAAAAUCAGACAUGAUGCUCAUACAGGCUGGGUGUGGGAUCUUGCCACGGAUGAGGUUGAUAAUGCAUCAAUUGUUUACUCCGCCUCAUGGGAUAAUACAGUCAAAGCAUGGGACAUUAGUUCUGGCUUUGAAUGUAUAGAAACUUUUCCUUGUGGAAUAUCAGCAUUGUCACUAGAGGCAGAUGGAAAAAUAGUUAUGGCGGGAUUAUAUUCCAAGAAAAUUUUGACAUUUGAUUUAAGAGUCGGACAGAAACCCGUGCAUGUGUACCAGACACAUAAAGGUGCAAUACUAGCUCUCACAGCCCAUAAUAAUCAAGUUGCUUCCAUAAGUGAAGAUAAAACAUUAGCUGUAUAUGACAAAGUUGCUGGUAAAAUCCUUAAGAGCGAUAUCAAAAUACCAUCAGAGAAGGCAUAUCCUGUUUGCUUGAGUUGGAACACCAACGCCAUGUAUAUUGGAGAUUCGAAAGGGGCUCUACAUUUUUUUAAUCCAAAGGAUCAAUCUUUUGUCAAAUCAUAUGAACUCUGGCCUGAAUCCUGUGUGACGGAACCUCCAAAUAAAAUAGCCGAUUGCUACCAAGGUGAAGCAACACUAAUAGCUUGCUCCGAUAAAGGUGAAAUAAAAUUUAUGUAUAACUCAAACCCACCAGAUGAAUACAAGACUAUACAAACGAGUACUGUGGAUGUUACUCAGCUAAGAUAUCAAAGCGGGAUACUUGCUGUGAGUACAUGUGACUCGGCCCUUGAAUUUUGGAUACCCGAAGAACGAUUUACAUCAUCCUUCUUGUAAUAUAUGUUUAGAGUUGACAAAGUUAUUUAAAUUAAUAUAUGAAAUAAAUUAUUUAAUGUGGUAACUAAUACGAACAAAAUUAAUUUUUGUACUGCUACUUAUGUUUUUCCUUUUAUAAACUACAUUUAAACAGUACAAAUUGUUUGUUAUUUUUUCUGGACAAACUAAUAAGUGAAUAGUAUUUGAUAUGAGUAUUUCUUUGUGACAAGAACUCUUUGGUUGUUUUAUUCAAAUAAUUCUUUUUGUAUUAUCUGUUAGAUGUUUAGUUAAUUUUAAUGCGAAAGUUUGUGUGUGUGCAUCUUACUUGAUGGCAGCCUCUUAUUCAUUACAUGACACUUUUGUUAUUAUAAAAUUUUUAUAAUACCAAGGCUAUUACUACUUGUUACAUAAUGUAUAAAAACUAUAACGAUUACAAGAAGGAUGAUACUCCUUUAAAAGGUCCAUUUAUUAAAUUCUUACUUCUACUACUUUGCAUUUAUGAACUUAUAUCUCCUCUUUAAUAAAGUAACAAAUAUAUUAUAACAAACUAACGAUAUAUUGAAUAUUUUUAUAAACGUCAGCGAUACCAUAAUAAAUGUGAUUACAAAAAUUAAAA